UCUAAAAUCUUCCCUAUGCUUCCGGCCGCUAAUUAUGCCCAUCCUUCCAUUAUGCUGCUAUUUCUCUUCUUCCUUUGCAUCUUCAGAUGGUUUCUUUUUGCCUCAGCCGCAUUCAAAGUUACUCAUCUCCCAGGCUUCUUGCAGCAGGGUGCUUUACCUUUCCAUUUAGAAACUGGCUAUAUAGAAGUGGAUGAAGUUUAUGGUGUGGAGUUAUUCUACUAUUUCAUAGAGUCUGAAAGAAACCCGAGUGAGGAUCCACUCCUCCUAUGGCUUACUGGGGGACCUGGCUGCUCUGCUUUUAGUGGCCUUUCUCUCGAGAUCGGCCCACUAAAAUUCAUAUCAGAAAGGUACAACGGGAGCUUGCCAAAUUUAGUUUAUCACCCUUACUCCUGGAACAAGAUUUCCAACAUAAUAUUUCUGGACUCCCCAGUCGGAACUGGAUUCUCUUUCUCCAAUCAUCCACAAGGUUAUGAAACUGGGGACAAAUCUUGGUCAAAACAUGCAAUAAUAUUUCUCAGAAAGUGGCUUAUAGACCACCAGCAAUUCCUUUCAAAUCCUCUGUAUAUUGCUGGUGAUUCCUAUGCCGGAAAGGUUGUGCCACUAGUGGUUCAUAAUCUUUUAAAUGGUAAUAAAAAACAAAAUGAUUUGGAGGAACACCCAAAAUUUAAUAUUCAGGGCUAUGUGAUUGGUAACCCAUCAACAGGUGAGUUGAUUGAUUAUAAUGCUAGAGUACCAUUUGCCUUCGGAAUGGGGAUAAUUUCAGACGAACUAUAUCAGGGAAUUAAUAAGAAUUGCGAAGGGGAAGAUUACGUUAAUCCAAAGAGACCUCCAUGUGCCUCUCUUCUUCAAAUCUUUGAAGACUUCAAGUCAGAGCUUAUGACAUCACAUAUUUUGGAGCCCAAAUGCAGUUUGGCUGCACCUAAGCCCAAAAACACUGCUGGUACUAGAAGGUCUAUGCAGGUACAGGAGAGCAACACAGUUCUUUUCGGGCCUCCAAUUCCUGAACUCAAGUGCAGAACAUAUGCUUAUUAUCUCAUGUAUAUAUGGGCAAACAGCAACAUUGUUCAAGAGGCUCUCAAUGUCAAAAAGGGAACAGUGAAAGAGUGGCAGAGAUGCCUUGACUUGAAUUAUUAUAAAAAGGAUAUAAGCAGCAGCCUUAAAUAUCAGGUUAAUAUCACAACCAGCGGGUAUCGUGCAUUGGUUUACAGCGGUGAUCAUGACAUGCUUGUCCCUUUUGUUGGCACAAAGGAGUGGGUAAAAUCCCUUAAAUUCUCUGUCACUGACCGGUGGAGAUCAUGGCAUGUGGGUGGCCAAGUUGCUGGAUACACAGAAUCCUACUCCAAUAAUCUGACCUUUGCGACUGUUAAGGGUGCUGGACACACAGCUCCGGAAUAUAAGGCUAAGGAAUGUUUAGCCAUGUUUCGAAGGUGGAUUUCUCACAGAUUACUGUAAUUCAUGCAACGCAUAAUGUGCACAGAUUCAUGGUGUGGAACCGCAAAACUUGUAGAGAAAAGAGAGAUGAACAGGGCAAGAACAAGGCAGGGAAUGAAGAAGAAGAUGCAGAAAACGCGAGAGAGGAUAAAAAGCUACUUUCAAUAUUUCAUAUCAAGUGUGUACCUUAUGUAUAAUACUUCCUAUAUAACUAAUUGUUGUAAAAGGGAAAUAACUAGAGAACGUUCUAUGAUGCCCACUAGUUGGCAUAAGCAAUUAAACAUAAAUAAAGAUAGUAGUGGAAGAAGCAAGUUCGGUAAGUGUGGCAGAGGACGGUAGCUGGUCCAUUGGGUCAAGAUAGUCCAUAUCAAAUCUCCCCGGCUUCGAGAGGUUCCUCACCUGAGAAAAUUGAGUGGGUUAUACCUGUAUGAGAUGGCUUGUAAGCGAAGAUGUCGGACAUAUUAAAAGUUGUUGGAGUUAGAAAUUCUAGUGGAAGAUCCACAACAUAGGCGUUAUCA